UUGGAAUUAAGGUUACUACGUUGCUGUCUCUUUCAUUUGAGCAGCGACCAACAUUAUCCGAAAAAACAUGUCGGUGCGAGUACGUCGAGGUUCCUGUCGCUCCGCCACCUGGCAUAUCAUUCUUCCUUUUCUUCAACAACCUUGACACGCUACUUCCUCUCCACUUCCACCCUUUCUCAAUUUUCUUUCUCUUACGGUAUAAAAAACCAGCCACCGCACUAAAACAGAGAAAGUACCACCAUCUUUCAAUUUUUUGAUUUCAUUGCAGAUGGGUGCAGAGCAAGGUGAAAACGGAGGAAGCCAUGAUUCUGAGAAGGUGGAAGUUAACAUAUAUCCUUUGAAUUCUUACUAUUUUGGAUCCAAACAUGCCGUUUUUUCCAAACAUCACUCCCUUCAAAGAUUCAAAUCCAACUAUGCUGCAAAUGGAAUGCGAAUUUGUGUGGAAGCUGUUCUAAUGGUUGAGUUGUUCAAACAUCCUCAUUUGCUGCUCUUGCAAAUUAAAAAUUCCAUCUUUAAACUUCCCGGUGGCCGUUUGAGGCCAGGUGAAUCAGAUACUGAUGGAUUGAAGCGCAAGCUGGGAAAGAAGCUUUCUCUUGAUGAAGAUGAGGCACAGUGGGAGGUAGGAGAGUGUCUUGGAAUGUGGUGGAGGUCUGAUUUUGAAACAUUGAUGCACCCUUUCUUACCACCUAAUGUCAAACAUCCCAAGGAGUGUACAAAACUCUUCCUUGUAAAGCUUCCAGAAACUCGAAGGUUCACCGUGCCAAAGAACAUGAAGUUGCUUUCGGUUCCAUUGUGUCAAAUUCGUGAAAAUCAUAAGUUAUACGGGCCAAUUAUAUCUGCGGUCCCGCAGCUACUCUCAAAGUUCUCUUUCAAAAUGAUCGGAAUUUAAACCUUAGCUGCGAUUUGGUUGCAAUCUCGUUAGGCAUGCAGUUCAGUCCGAUCUUCAUUAGGAUUCUAGAUAAGGAAGGACUUGUAAGUAUCAUAGGUUUUUAUACAACAUUGAUUAUGCUAUAAUGUUGAAACCAGAAAUAUAUAUAGCUUGAAUGUUUUUUUUUUCUUGAGAUAUACAUGUUUUUGGUGGUAGUUUGAUUGUUGCUUUGUUACAAGUGCUUAGAGAAAAUCUUGUAUCAGAUUUCUCCCCAUAUUUUAUCAAUAUGUGUUUUGAUAGGUUUUAAGA